AAUCAUUAAAAGAAUUAUCAUCUUUACAAUUUAAACUAAAGUAAAAGUUAAAAAUUCUCUGGAAUUUAAAAAAUUAUUUUUCUAUUAGCUCAGAAAAAUAAAUCUUAUAGCAGAUUAUCAUAGUUUUAGAUAGUUGCCUACUCUAAAUAGAUAUAAGCAGUCAAAAAGUUUUAGAUUUCUGUUGUAAAUCUCACAAUACUUUAUUUAUUUGUUCAACUAGCUUCAUUCAAUAAAAUAAAAAUACAAAAAAUAAGUAUAUACAUGGCUGAAUCUCCUAGAAAAAGCAACAGUGACUAUUCUGAUAGAGAUGAGAAUGAAGAUAAUGAUUACAAAGACAGAAUAGCAGAAACAAGCCCAAAAGGAAGAUUCAUAAGAUUUAAUGAAGAACUUGGUUUUGGAGCUUAUAAAACUGUCUAUCGUGCUUAUGAUAACGACUCUGGUUGUGAAGUAGCAUGGAAUGUUAUAAAACUACAAAGAUUACCUCUGAAUGAAAGAAAGAGGAUAUCGGAGGAAAUUUAAUUACUAAAAAAUCUACAUCACCCAAAUAUUAUUAACUUCAUAAAUGCAUGGAUAAAUAAGAGUAAAAAUGAAGUUAUUUUUAUUACUGAAUGUGUUUCAGGAGGCUCCUUGAAAAAGCAUUUAAAGAAGAUCAAAAAGCCAAGAUUAAAAAUUAUAAAAAAUUGGUGCCGAUAAAUAUUAAAAGGUUUGGUAUAUUUGCAUGAGCAAAAGCCAUAUCCUAUCAUUCAUAGAGAUAUCAAAUGUGAGAAUGUUUUUAUCAGUACCACAAACAACGAAAUAAGAAUAGGUGACUUAGGAUUAGCUGUAAGCUUAAAAAACUCUUCUCAUACUAAGAGUGUAAUUGGUACCCCUGAAUUUAUGGCUCCUGAAAUUUAUGAAGAAAAAUAUGGUACUCCUGUAGAUAUUUACUCAUUUGGUAUGUGUGUUUUAGAAAUGGCUACUCUUUCCACUCCUUACAAAGAGUGCACAUCGGCAGCUUAAGUUUACAAGAAAGUUUCAUAGGGUAUAUUGCCUUAUUAAAUUGAUCUUAUUUAGAAUGAAGGUCUAAAAAAUUUAAUACUUAAGUGUCUCUCACAUUAUAAAGAUCGGCCAAGUGCCGAGGAGUUGCUUAAUGACAAAUUUUUGGAUAUGUCUGAACAAGAUGAAGAUAAUUAUCCAGUUUAACUAUUGGAUGCAAGUAAUGCAAGCACUCCAAUGAACUAUACAUUAAGCAACAGUUGCCCUCUAGAAUCUGCUUAAGUGUUUUAAUUAAAGGGUCAAAAGAAUACAGAAGCAUCACCCUGCACAGAUUAGAAUUAAAAUAAUGAAAUUUAAAGUUAAGAAAUACAUUCUGAUAAUUUAAAAGAUAAUAUGUUUAUUCCAAGAAAGCAAUCUAAUUUUUCUGAUAAAAAAACUACAAGCCUUAGUCAUAAAAAAAAGAAGAACUAGCUUACAAUAGAUGUUACUGAGUAUGACUUUGAUGAAGUGAAUAAACAACAAUAAUUAGCUCUCUAACAGCAGUAAGAAAAAUAAAUUCAACAGGAUUUAGUAUAAGUAAACGAAAACAUAUUUGUAUAAGUAAGUAAUACAACUUCGCUUGUUCAUCAAUCUGAUUCUUUAGAAACUGAUUCAAAUUACAAGACUCCUUAAAACCAAAGAAACAAGUCAAGAAUGAAUACCUUUAAUUCUUAAUCAAUAAGUAUUUAAAAUAACCAAUCUAUUUAAAUUAAUACCAUGACUAAUAAUACUUCAGUAGUUAAUUAAUCAACUUCCAAUCAAGUAGAGUUAAAUGAAUCUAUUUAAAGUACCUCUGAAAGAUUUAACAUUUAAAAAGCAUAUUAAAAUUUUAAAAUAUUUAAACAAGAUUAAAGUGAGUUGGAUACUCCCGUUGAUUUGAGAUAAAUCUCUUAAAAAGAAUAAAAAAUAACACAAUAAACUCCUAAAGGAAGCGACAUAUUUAGCAUAAAUAAUUCUUAGAUUAACUCAUCAAAUUAUGACAUUCCUUAAUUUAAAAAUAACAAUGGCUUUAAGUUUAUCUAGGAUUAAUAAGUGUAUGAAGAAAGUGGUAAUUUUAGUAUAGCUUCUGAAACCCCAGAUUUGGGAUGCAAUCUUAACAAUUGUCAAACAAAUAUUGAAUAAUAAGAAUAUGAAACUUCUAAGUAUGACCCUAUCAAUUAGCAGAAUGCCAACUAGCUGGAGUCUGAGUAAAUUAUGUAAAACGAUUCUUAGAAUAUGAAGAGUAAUUCUGACGGUAGCUCUUAAACAAGUAGCAUGUCAAUCAACUAAGGCAUAUAUCUAAACACAAUAAAUUACUCUUUAGCAUUUAAUGAAUAUAGUCAAGAUACAUAAUAUAGAUAUGCAUUUACUUUAGAAAUAAGAGAUAGCUUGUAUCCUUUUGAUAUCACUGUUGAUAAAAAUUUGAUAAACAACGGUUCAUAUAACAAAGAAUCGAUCACUAAUCUCAUAAAAGAGGCUUUAAAUUAAAUUGAGUGUUAAGACUUAGAGAAGCUUCAUAAUUUCAUUAUAGAUGAUGCUGUAGCAAAGUUUUCAGAGUUUUAAGCAAAGAAGAAAAAAUUUAAUAAGAAAGAAGAAAUGGCUAAAAAAAAUUCUUUAUCUCCUAGUAAAUCAUCAAAUUUUUAACUUAAUUUGACUCCUGAUGAAAAGAAACAAAGUUUAUAACAGAUAUAGGCAAAUAUAUCAACAAAUUAGUAAAUUUUAGUGGCAAAAGCUAUUUAAGAUGAUGAUGAUGAUGAUAAUAAUAGUGAUCAUGAGAUAGAGGAUGCUGUGUUUUACAAUGCAUAUUGUGAUGAUUAUAAUAGAUAAGAUGAAUAUAAUCACAUUUCAUCUCACAACCCUUAGGAAUAUACUUAAAAUUAAAUUUACUAUCAAAACAAUUAUUCUAGGUUAGACAAUACCUAAAACAAUAUUAAAAAUGAUCACCUAACCCACUAAACUUCAGAACCUUCUCAUCAAAAUCACAGUCGUUAGUAGUCUUACAUAUCUAGUCACUCUGUAUAAUUAAACAGUAUUCAAGAACAAACAUAGAAUUUUAAGUUCAUGAACGCAAACCCUCAAUAUUUUAAUAAUUAACAACAAAAUAAAAAUUCUUAAAAUAUACAAUUAUUUUCUAUAGAUUCUCAUAAUUAAAAAAACUCACCUGCAAUCCCUUAAAGCGUAUAGAAAAACUAAAUUUUUCCAACCCCACCUUAAUUUUCUGAAAAAAAUUAAUGCUAAUCUCCUCCAAAUCAUUAUAACUUUUGCAAAUUAAUAGACAAUUUUAUUGAUUACUAUAAAAAAUAUUGGGAAUAAAAUUACGAACAAAUAAGCUAUGAAACACAAGAACUUUUGAAGUUUAGGUAAUAAAAAGAGUUAAUUGAACUUUAAAGACUUCACAUUGCUUAAAGAGAUGCGUGGUUAACAAAUUAAAUGAAUCUCACCGCCAAUCAGUAUGAAAAAUAGGAUGCAUUUUAGUUGUAAGGAAAACAAGGAAUUUAGUCACAGAGUAAUUUUAUAAUUUACUAAAGUGAUCAAGCCAACAAUAUUCAAACUAACCACUCAGUGUUGGAUAUAUCUAAUAUUUCUAAUGUGAAAGACAUUGAUAAUGAUAAUCAUAUAAGUCCUUAGCUAAAAGACAGCAUUGAUAUGGAAUUAAGUAAUAUGCUGCUAGACAACCCAUCAAGUAAUAUUUUAGGAAAUAAUUAUUCCAAGACUCAUAGUUAGUAAAUACAUUAAAGCUCCUUGCAUAAUAGCCUGAGUUUAAAUACCGCAAAUUAGAAUAAUUUAGGCUUAAUGCAGUAAAUACAAGUAGAAGCUAUAAUUUCACCUUCAAAUUAAAGCAUAGGUAAUUAAUAAUUUAUAUAGAAUAUGUAAACAAGUGAACCAACAACAUCUGCUUCAAUAAGUAAUAAAAAAACAAAUCUUCCAAUCAGAACCCCAACUCCUAAAUAAACUCUGAAUGAAAGCAUAUCUUAAAAGCAAAGCUAAUCGAUUUAAAGUAAAAACAGUCAAUAAAAUUAAAAUCCUCAACUUGCUGUUAAUUCAUAUUCUUAAAAUUUGAAUAAUACUUAAAAUAGUAUUUAAAAUUAAAAUAAUUUGAACUCAAACAAUGAAAAAAUUAAAACCAACACUAUUAACAGCAGCAAUUCCAGCAUAAUAUAAACUUAACCUAUAAGAACCCAUCAUGGAUCUAUUUAAAUUUCUAUGUAAAAUCCAAAAACGAACAAUAAAAUGUAAUAGUCUGAUAAACUUUAUUAUUAAAAUCCCUUACAGUAAUAAUAGCAGUUACAAUAGUAAUAGUAACAUUUUAAUCCUUAAUAAUAAUAAUAAUAGUUUUAAUAACAAACCUUUCCUUAAUCGUCUUAACAAUAAAUAUAAUAAAAUAAAAUGAAUUCUAAACCACCAACACCUAAAUAAAUAAUCUCCUAAAAUAAUAAUUUUCAUUUUUCAAACAACUUAACUCCUAGUAGUUAAGUAGCUUAACAACCAUUAAAACCAAUUAAGCAUAACUAACAAUAAGUAAAACAAAAUUUUAUUCACAGUGCUACCAAUUCUUAAGACUCUUCGUAUUUUAGUUUCUAAUUUAUGAAUGAAAUAGGUGGAUAACCAGGGACAAACCAAUAAUCUUAAAUAAGCCACUCAAAGAUAAAAUCUAGCUAAAACUUAAAUUAAUAUUUUUAUAAAAGUUAAACUCCUCCGAACGCAAGUAGUAAUGCAACAUAAACUCUUAAUUAAAAUUCACAAGGUUAUAAUUAAGCUCAUAUACCUAUAACUCCAUAACAUUCAAAAGAUCAUGCUUAAUAAAAUUAUAUUAAAUCUGAAACACCUGAAAUAUGCUAGCUAUAAAAGCCUUUAACUAAAUUAACUAAAAAGUAAAUAUGCAUGUAAAGAAUGAGUAUGAUUAAUUCAAAUUCAGAUUUGAGUUGUUAAGAAAUAGGUUAGCAUCACCAUGAUAAAAAAGAAUCUGCUAAUAAAAGUUAAUUCUAACAAGGAAUUCUUCCAUAAUUAGCUUAAUCAGAAAGCAGAGAUAGUUCUUAAUCUUAAGCAUAAUAGUAGAUGUAAUAAUCUUAUCCCUAACCUAAUUAUUCUCAUGUCAAUUAAAAUCAAAUGUAAAACUAAUAAUUUACUCAAUAAAUUUAAACAUAAGAAAUUAAUCAAUUAAUUUGCAAUAAUGUAACAUAGCAUCACUAAAAUUCUCAUCACAGCCAUUCACUUAUAAUUUAAAGAUCAUAGCCAAAUUAAUAAACAAUUUCUCUUAACUAAAAUAUGAGUAUAGAUAACUCUUAAAAAGGUUAUUUAAUAAAUAACAAUUAGGAAACAAACUAAGCAUUACAAAAUAUAUGUAACUUGAGCUAAUAGAGCUCAUAGAGUGCUUAGAAUGAUUAAUCACCUAUGAAUUAGUUUUUAUCAUUUAAUCCAAUAUAAAAUAAAUAAGUAAAUCAAGAGGCAUAAAAUUAAAAUAACAAUUCUGCAAGUAGAUUGAAUUUGUAAAUUAUUGAAAACACUAACACUCCUUAGUUCUCUCCUGUCCCUUCAAAACAAAAUCCCCAUAUACCUUAAUCCUUGAAUAAUGAUUGCAAUUUAGGUACAUAAGGCAGAAAUAUUUAAUGA